AUGCCAGAUGCCAAGGUUGCAUGUAGACAACUUGGUUUUACCAAAACUGUAGGAGCUUCGUACGACGGACGCGGGACGGCUAAGAUAUGGUUGUACAACAUGGGAUGUUCAGGUUCAGAGUUCUCACUUGGAAGCUGUCCUCAUAAUGGAUGGGGAAGCGUUGCCUCAUGGUGCAAUAGUCACAAUGAUGAUGCUGGUGUCGUUUGGCAAGCAAUCUUUUUAAAUUAUUCGCCGUCACAUUGUUCUUCACUAGAAGAUGUUUCUGAAACACAAACAACAAAGAAGGUGAAUCGCUCCCUGCAGCUCGAAGAGGUGUAUCACCAAGGUCAAUGGGGAACAGUAUGUCGUUAUAACUGGAAUAUGCCCGAUGCCAAGGUUGCAUGCCGUCAACUUGGUUUUACCAAAACUGUAGGACCUUCGAGGUAUGGACGUGGGACGGGUAAGAUAUGGCUGGACGAAAUGCAAUGUACAGGCACAGAGGUCUCACUUGGAAGCUGUUCUCACGAUGGAUGGGGAAACGUUUACUCUUACUGCAAUGGUCACACAAGGGAUGCUGGUGUUGUGUAA